UUAACAUCGUUUCAAUUCAAAUAAUUUUAAAUAAUAUACCAAAUAAUUUUAAAAAAGUUACCAAAAUGAAAAUUUUAAUUAUUUUAUUCACAAUUAUUGUUACCAGCUAUGCUGGAAUUAAAAAUACAAUUUUCCCCGAUGAUAGUUUAAAAUGGGAAUGUAAAGGAAAACGUUACGAAGAAGUAUCAUUGACUGGAUAUUAUCCAGAAUUUUCAAGCUCUGAAGGUCGUCGUGGUUUUUUGGAUAGUCGUGCCAAAAAAUUACGUACUUUACAAGACUUUUUGGAUGAUCGUGUACCAUACGUUACCAUAGCUAUGGAUGAAAAAUUAAAAAUUCCAUAUGGCACAUCUGUAUGCAUUCCAGAAUUAAAUCGCCAUUACAGACGUCGCAUACGAUUCCAGGUUCGUGACGAUGGUUAUGAAUUACUUGGCACUGGAUUUUCACGGGCUGAUAUUUGUGUACGCAGCGAAGUGGAUAGUUAUGACAAAGCAGUUAAUGAAAAAGUUACUUUAGUGUUUUAAAUAGUUUUUCUCAAAAACAAAGACUUAUAUAAUAUUGCAACUAAAUAAUGGUUGUGAUGUUUACUUAUUUAUUUAUUUCAAUUAAUGUUUUUAUAUUAAAAACAUUUUG